AUGGCAUUCUCACAAAUCCACACUAGAUCCAUCAGCCUCCCUUCAAGGCUGCAUCCAAUCAACUCCACACAAUUUGAAGCUCAACUAGACAAGCUCAAAUCCACCGUUUCUCUCACCUCAUUCGACACCAUCAUCUCCGGCCUAGUAGGGCUGGCCAACCUCUACAACUCCAUUGACACGCAAGCUCCAUCAUCGCUAGAGGAAACCCUCGAGCGAUCGGUCGAGCUGCUAGACUGCUGUGGCUGUAUCAAAGAAGUAGCGCAGAUGACGAGGGAAAGCGUCCGAGCCCUUCAGUCUGCUCUGCGCAGAAAGGGCUCGGACAACUCCUCUUUAAGAAAAGACGUCGCUUCCUACGUGGCAUCACGAAAGAGGAUGAGCAAGUGCGUCAAGAAGAGCCUCAAAGCACUCAAGCGUUGGGAGGGUGCAUCGGAUGUGUGCGGCCUCACCGCCGCGGUUUUUAGGAGCGCCUUGCUCUUCUUCUCCUCGUCUUCGUCUUCUUCUUCGUCGUGGAAUCGGGUGGCGAGGCUGGUGUUGAGCAAAUCUGAGGCUGUGAUUGUGAAUGAGGUGGGAUGUGUGGAUUUGGCUCUUAGUAGUGAUGAAUUUGACAAGAAGAUGGUGCAAAGGAGUUUGCAAAAACUUGAGUCUUGUGUUGAUGGAAUUGAGGAGGGUUUGGAGAGGAUAUUUAGGGAGUUGGUGAGAAGUAGGGUUAAUCUUCUUAACAUUCUCACUAAUCAUUAG